GGCGUAGUAACAAUUCGUACAAAAAAAUUUUUAUGUUACAUUUGGCAUUUGGGUAAUACGCUUCUAACCCAUAAGUGUAUAAAUUACAAUCCUUUAUAUGGUGUAACAUUAUACAAUAGUAAAUCAUGCUAAAUUUAAAUUUGUAGAAUUUUAUAAUUUUAAAAAGGGCGUAAAAAGACUUGCUUUUUUGUUUCUAUUUGUGCACUAUAAUUUAUUGGUUAAAGUUGAUAAAUAUAGAUAUUUUCUUUUUAACAAAUUAAAAUUUUAUAAUAUUAUGUCUACUUUUCGAAUCGGAUUAAUUAAAGUAACAUUGAAUAGAGCAAUUGCAUUAAUUGAUACUAAUAUUUACGAUAGUGUACACAAACAAUUUGAAUUUGUAAAACAAAUAAUUCUUGCUGAUAACUCUCUUACAAAUGAUGAAAAAACUGAAGCAAUAAGAAUACAUAAAAAAGUUUAUGAUAAAGAAAAAAUUCUUAAUAAUGAAGGGACAAGAAGAAUUUGUGAAAAUUGUAAUCAAAAAUGUUUGGCUACAUCAUAUUGUGAAUAUUGUGUCCGAAAUUAUCUAAAAGCAAAAUUUUCAUAUUGGACAUCUAGAAAUAAUGUCAUAUAUAAUUUUAUACAAAAAUGUCAAAUUGAGUCACUUAUGCCAGAUAUGAUAGUUGAAUGGAUUCCAUAUAAUAAUUUACAAAAUAUUGAAUAUCUAACAAAAGGUGGAUUUUCUGAAAUUUAUACAGCAACUUGGAUUGAUGGAGGAUAUGAAGAAUGGGAUUCUGAGAAUCAACAAUUACAAAGAUUUGGAAAUCUUGAUGUAAUACUAAAAGAAUUAGAAAACUUUGAAAAUGCAAGUCAAAAUUGGUUUGAAGAGGCUAAAUCACAUUUAACUAUAAGUAAUAAAUGGACAAAUAUUGUUGGAUGUUAUGGUUUAACACAAAAUCCAUCAAAUGGAAAUUAUAUGCUUGUAAUGAGAAAGGCAAAUGUUAAUUUAAGAGAAUUUUUACAACAAAAUCAUAAUCAACUAAUAUGGAAAGAAAGAAUUGGAAUUAUUUAUGAAAUAAUUCAUGCACUUGAUAGUAUUCAUAGAGAGAACUCAAUUCAUAGAGAUUUACAUUCUGGAAAUAUAUUAUAUUUACAGUUUAGUGAUACUUGGCUUAUUAGUGAUCUUGGAUUUUGUGGCCCUGCAGAUAAACCAUCAACAAGUAUAUAUGGAAAUCUUCCUUACAUAGCACCUGAAAUUAUUAAUGGAAAAGAAUAUACUUUUAAAUCUGAUAUUUAUAGUAUUGGUAUGCUUAUGUGGGAAAUUUCAUCUGGACAACCACCAUUUUUUAAUCAUGAUCAUGAUUAUUAUCUUGCAAGAAAUAUCAUUAAUGGUAUGAGACCAAACACCAUAUCAGAAAUUCCCUUAAAUUAUAAAACUUUAAUGGAACAAUGCUGGAAUGCUAACCCAUUAGAAAGGCCUGAUACUUUUACACUUUGGAAAAAAAUGGAAGAAAUUAAAUUGUAUUAUCAACAUAAUCCAACUGAAUUACCUCAACUAAAAGCAAAUAUGGAUAAAAAAAUAAGCUAUGCAAAUGCAAGCAGUAAAUUAUUUACAAGUAAAAUUCAUAAAUUUGAAAAUUUACCUGAACCAAAAAAUGCAACAGAAGGUAUAACUUAG